CAAUGACGAUUACAACCUCUGAUUUACUUUUCAACUCACUCCAUUAACAUAUUCAAUCCCCUUCCUUGUACUCCAAGUAGUUUCUUGACCACGGCCUUGGAGAGAGACUUGAGAACGUCAUCAAAUCCUAUUUAAAACCCCAACCCCCAUUUCUCUGUGUAGAAAUCCUCUCUCUCGCUAGUUGCCUCAUCCCAUUAUGCUUUAGUCCCAUCUCUCCCUGUGUUACAAAUCUCUCUCUCUCUAUCUUUCUCUCUCAAGAAUUGCCAAUUGUUUGUUGCUCAGUACUUGAAGAAAUGGAUGAAGAACAUGGGUUCCUCCUAUUCAAGGUGGCUCUCUCCAUCUUUUUUUGCUUUCUUUCAUGGAGAUUUUACAUCACCACCCAAGAGAAGAGACACAAAAAGAAUGGAACCUCAGUUUUCAAUGGCCCCAAAAGCUAUCCAAUUCUGGGUUCCGCCUUAGCUGUCAUGGCCAACUCGCACAGGUUCUCUCAAUGGGUUACAGACCUCAUCAAGCUCUCUCCAACACAAACCAUAGUCCUCAAGAGUCUAGGAGGCAACUUGGUGGUCACUGCCAAUCCUGAUAAUGUCGAAUACAUCCUGAAGACCAACUUUCCAAACUACCCAAAGGGACAUUUCACUACCAACUUAAUGGAGGACUUCUUAGGCCAGGGCAUCUUCAACUCUGAUGGAGACCUGUGGAAGAUACAGAGGAAGGUUGCUAGCCAUGAGUUCAACACCAGAUCCUUAAGAAAGUUCAUUCACCAAGUGGUUCGGCAGGAGCUUUGCACUCGUUUGAUCCCUCUCUUGGACAAGGCGGCCAUUGAAGGGAAGGUCUUAGACCUUCAGGAUGUCUUACAGAGGUUUGCUUUUGAUAACAUUAGCAAAAUUUCAUUCGGAAUGGACCCAUGUUGCCUAGACCCUGGUUUUCUUCCUGAUUCAGAGUUCAUGGUAGCCUUCGAAAAGGCAACUCAGUUGGCAGCUGAGAGAUUUCGAUCUUUUCUACCAUGGAGUUGGAGAAUAAGGAGGUUUUUUGGGGCUGGAUAUGAAAAAGAGCUUAGAGCUUCAAUUGAGAAGGUUAAGUCAUUCGCUGAGGAAGUGAUCAGAAAAAAGAUGGAAAAGAGUGAGGGAUCAGGGACCUCAGAAGUAGACGAUCUGCUCUCUAGGUUCAUGGACACAGGCAUGGACAAAGAAUUCAUUGUUGAUAUAGUGAUAAACUUCAUCUUAGCUGGUAGAGACACUACUUCAGCUGCCUUGACAUGGUUCUUCUGGCUUUUGGAGAGGCACCCACAAGUCGAAGAAGCAAUAAUUCAAGAGAUCGGGUCCAGCAAUGAGAUUGGGAUGGAUGAGGUGAAGCAACUGAACUAUCUUCAUGCCGCACUAUGCGAGAGCAUGAGGUUAUAUCCUCCAGUCCCAAAUGAUUCCAAAGAGGCAGCUACGGAGGAUGUCUUGCCUGAUGGGACAAAGGUGUCUAAAGGGACUAGAGUGAGUUACAAUCCUUAUGCAAUGGGAAGAAUGGAAGGCAUAUGGGGCAAGGAUUUUGAAGAGUUUAGGCCUGAGAGGUGGUUAGAUAAGGAGAGUGGGUUGUUUGUUCCUGUUGAUAGUUUCAAGUAUCCAGUGUUUCAAGCUGGGCCAAGGGUUUGUCUAGGAAAAGAGAUGGCCUUUUUGCAAAUGAAGGGCAUAGUUUGCAUGGUUCUUAAGAGGUUCAAGAUUCGGAUGGCGAAUUCAAGCGCUGAUCCGGUCUUUAUAACUAAUCUCACGGCUAAGAUGGAGGGUGGUUUCCCUGUGAGGAUUGAAAAAAUAUGACUUCAAUUUUAAGAACACUAUAAAUAUGAUUGUCGAACUUUUAAAGUUUGUUGGUAAAUUAGCUUUACCACUGAUUUUUUUUUGUCUCUGUUCUUUAAUUUGCAUUUUCAGUUUGACUAAAUGCAACAUUUCGUUUGAUGAUUAUAAUGCUCUGUUUAAGGCCAAGGGGAUCAAAGUGAGUACCAUUUUAUUGAUCCCCUUUGGAAAAACGUCCAUCUUUAUGAGUUAAUUUCCUCUCAAUAAACAGGGGCUUAUUCAUUUGAA